AUGUUUACGAUCGAGAGCUGGACGGUGUCGGCGGACUGGGAGUACAUUCUGUUCAACACAAAGUCGGAGCGGGUCUGGCGGUAUGGCGUCAAGGCCACGUAUUUUAUCUACAGCACCAAGGAGCGCACGAUGAUCCCGCUGACCAACGAUGGCAACAACCGCAUUCGCUAUGUGCAGUGGGCGCCCAAGGGUCACCGGCUGCUGUUUGUGCGUGACAACGACAUCUAUGUCACUGACAUGAUGAAGGAGAUUCGUGUCACAGAGGAUGGCAGCGACGAUGUGUUCAACGGUAUCGCCGACUGGGUAUAUGCCGAGGAGGUGCUGGCCACAGACAGUGCAAGCUGGUGGUCGCCCGAUGGCGAAGUGCUGGCGUACCUGCGCUUGGAUGAUUCCAAGGUACCGCUGUACCAGUACCAGAUCUUCCAUCCCGAGAACCACACGAUUACGUACCCAGACAGCAUCCGCCUGCAUUACCCGAAACCGGGAGCCCCGAACCCGCAGGUCUCGCUGCACGUCUAUCGGCCAGACUUUAGAGCCGACUCGCCCGACGCGUUCAAGCCUGAGGACAUGAUCAUUGCGCGUGUGACGUGGCUUACCGACAAGCACGACAAGCUCAUGGUCCACGCCUUCAACCGCGUGCAGGACCACCAGCGCGUGUACCUCGCCAGUGCCGACCCCAAGCAGCUGACAGCCAAGAUGGUGCGUGAGCGCUCGACGUCGAAAAAGCAAGGUGGUGACGAUGCGUGGAUUGAGAUUUCUUCGGCACCGCUUUAUGUGCCGGCCAACACUGUUGAGGGCGUUGGCAGUGACGGAUACAUUGAGAUUGUCGAGAACGGAGAGUACACGCAUCUGGCACUCUUCAGCUCGCUGGAUGCGGCACAGCCUGCGGGCUGGCUGACGUCUGGCGAUUGGGAUGUCAUCAGCGGCACUGCAGUGCUGGACCGCAAGGAGGCGAGCGUGUACUAUGCAAGCACACAGCAGGCGAGCACCAAGUCGACCAUCUACAAGGUGUCGCUGAACGCAAAGAACGCUGCGGGCUCUGCACCACAGCUGGUGUCGCCGCCUGACAUCAAGUCUACCAGUGAGUUCCUGAAUGCGCCGGGUGCGCGCGAGGGCACGUACGACGCCAGCUUCUCUGCCAGCGGUGGGUUCUUCCAGCUCAGCUACAAGGGCCCGCAGAUCCCCUGGCAGGCUGUGUACAGCAGCCAUGAUGCCAAGUUUGAGCGCAUCCUGACUGACAAUGCCAAUGCGCACAGCGAGCUGGAAAAGUACGACCUCCCCACAGUCGACUUCUUUGAGGUACCGAAUGAGGCCGGCGACAAGAUGAACGCCAUGGCGCUGUAUCCGCCAGGGUUCGACAAGAGCGCCAAGAACAAGUACGGCGUCCUGUUCCGCGUCUACGGCGGGCCGAAUUCGCAGCAGGUGUCGCGCGCCUUUUCGCUCGACUGGCAUGCGGCGCUGGUCUCGCAGCAGGAUGUGCCCGAUAUGCCCUUCAUCGUUGCUGUGGUGGAUGGUCGCGGCACUGCCCACAAGGGCCGCAAGUUCCGCAGCGCUGUCAGCAAGCAUCUGGGCGAAUUCGAGCCCGACGACCAGGCUGCCGCUGCAAAGUACUUCCAGGGCCUGCCCUACAUUAACCACCAUCGCAUGGCUAUCUGGGGCUGGUCGUACGGCGGAUACACCACCACUCGCGCGAUUGAGCGCCACUCUGACGUCUUCAAGGUCGGUAUGGCUGUGGCCCCCGUGACUGACUGGCGAUUCUACGAUUCUGUGUACACGGAGCGCUACAUGAAGACCCCACAGAUGAACCUUUCAGGCUACAAAAAGGCAGCAGUCACGGAUGCCCACGCGUUUGCCAAUGCCAAGUUCCUGGUGCAGCACGGCACCGGCGACGAUAACGUGCAUAUGCAGCACACGCUGGCGCUGGUGGAUCUGCUCGAGUCCAAAAACAUUCCAGGCUUUGAGAUGGCGUUCUACGCAGAUUCAGACCACGGCAUCUACACGCACGGCGUCAGGGCGUCGCUGUAUGCCAGGAUGACCAACUUCCUGUUCCGCUCGUUCCAUGAGCUGGAAAACGAGCAGUUUGACUACUGGUACCACGACGCACAGCCAGAUGCCAGCAACAAGUGA